GCGGGCGGGGAGCGCCGCUCAAUGGGACGCGGAAGCGCAGGUGGCGCCACGCGCGGCGGCGCCGCGUGCAGGUUAAAAAGUUACAUGAUCUCAGGGAAGCAGUAACCUGUUGUGGGCUUCUUGGAGCAGUAAACCAAUAAUGACCAGAUGAUACCAGUUAAACAGUGUCUGGCAGACAACGUCAUCAUAGUGGCAAUACUACACAAACAACAUCCACGAGCAGGGGACUUUCGUGUUCCCAGCACAGAAGGAAACAUGCCCAGUAUCUUAGCUUCCAGAGUACCUGCAAUUUCUACAUAGAUUUUUCCCAAUCUUGUAAUCAUGUCUGUUAAUGCAACAGAGAGUGAUCCUCCUAGAUUCUUCGUGGGUGGAGAAGAUGGAGAAGAAUUAUUUGAUUCAGCCAGAUCUACAGAUUAUGAGCACUUCUAUGAUCAUGGGGAAGAAGAAGAGGAAGAGUAUGACUCUCCACCAGAAAGACAGAUCGCUGUGGGGAUUUGUUCAAUGGCUAAGAAAUCUAAGUCCAAACCAAUGAAAGAAAUUCUCGAACGCCUCUCCAUGUUUAAGUACAUAACUGUGGUAAUAUUUGAAGAGGAUGUCAUUUUGAAUGAGCCAGUAGAAAACUGGCCUUUAUGUGACUGUCUCAUUUCUUUUCAUUCUAAAGGAUUUCCACUGGACAAAGCAGUUGCCUAUGCAAAACUCAGGAAUCCAUUCAUAAUCAAUGACUUGAAUAUGCAGUAUCACAUACAAGACAGGAGAGAAGUGUACGGUAUUCUGAAAGCUGAAGGCAUUUUACUUCCUCGCUAUGCAGUUCUGAACCGUGACCCAAACAAUCCCCAAGAAUGCAACUUGAUUGAAGGAGAAGAUCAUGUGGAGGUGAAUGGAGAAAUCUUCCAAAAGCCUUUUGUAGAAAAGCCAGUGAGUGCUGAGGACCACAAUGUUUACAUUUAUUAUCCAACAUCUGCUGGAGGCGGGAGCCAGAGGCUCUUUCGGAAGAUUGGCAGCAGAAGCAGUGUUUACUCCCCUGAAAGCAGUGUGAGAAAAACUGGCUCCUAUAUUUAUGAGGAAUUCAUGCCUACAGAUGGCACUGAUGUGAAGGUGUACACAGUAGGUCCAGACUAUGCUCAUGCUGAAGCCCGGAAAUCUCCAGCUCUGGAUGGCAAGGUAGAACGAGAUAGUGAAGGAAAAGAAGUGAGGUAUCCAGUCAUCCUGAAUGCAAGAGAGAAGUUAAUUGCUUGGAAAGUAUGCCUUGCCUUUAAACAAACAGUUUGUGGCUUUGAUUUGCUGCGUGCUAAUGGACAGUCCUAUGUCUGUGAUGUGAAUGGCUUCAGUUUUGUGAAAAACUCCAUGAAAUACUAUGAUGAUUGUGCUAAGAUACUGGGAAAUAUCAUAAUGAGAGAACUUGCUCCCCAGUUUCAGAUACCAUGGUCGAUUCCUUUGGAAGCUGAAGACAUUCCUAUUGUGCCAACCACCUCUGGAACAAUGAUGGAGCUUAGGUGUGUUAUAGCUGUAAUACGCCAUGGGGACCGAACACCAAAACAAAAAAUGAAAAUGGAAGUAAAACACCAGAAGUUUUUUGAUCUCUUUGAAAAAUGUGAUGGGUAUAAAUCUGGAAAACUAAAACUGAAAAAACCAAAACAGUUGCAGGAAGUUCUUGAUAUAGCAAGGCAACUUCUUGUAGAACUUGGGCAAAACAAUGAUUCUGAAAUUGAAGAAAGUAAAGCAAAACUUGAACAGCUGAAGACUGUAUUAGAAAUGUAUGGGCAUUUUUCAGGUAUAAAUCGCAAAGUUCAGUUAACAUAUCUUCCACAUGGUUGCCCAAAGACAUCCAGUGAAGAGGAAGAUAACAGAAGAAAUGAGCCAUCCCUGCUUCUGGUUCUAAAAUGGGGAGGAGAAUUGACCCCUGCAGGCAGGGUUCAAGCAGAGGAGCUUGGAAGGGCUUUCAGGUGUAUGUAUCCAGGUGGACAAGGAGAUUAUGCCGGAUUUCCUGGUUGUGGUUUACUUAGACUACAUAGCACUUACCGACAUGAUCUCAAAAUCUACGCUUCCGAUGAGGGACGAGUUCAGAUGACUGCAGCAGCUUUUGCAAAGGGACUCCUGGCCUUAGAGGGAGAGCUGACUCCUAUUCUUGUCCAAAUGGUGAAAAGUGCUAACAUGAAUGGUCUGUUGGACAGUGACAGUGAUUCUUUAAGCAGCUGUCAGCAUCGUGUUAAAGCAAGGCUCCACGAAAUUCUGCAGAGGGACAGAGAAUUCACUGCUGAUGACUACGAUAAGCUGACUCCAUCUGGAAGCAUCUCAUUGAUAAAAUCCAUGCAGAUUAUUAAAAAUCCUGUAAAGACAUGUGAUAAGGUCUAUUCCUUGAUCCAGAGCUUGACUUCUCAGAUCAGGCAAAGAAUGGAAGAUCCAAAGUCUGCAGAUAUUCAGCUGUACCACAGUGAAACACUAGAACUGAUGCUGCGCAGGUGGGCCAAGCUGGAAAAGGACUUUAAAACAAAAAAUGGAAGAUACGAUAUUAGCAAAAUUCCUGAUAUUUAUGACUGUAUAAAAUAUGAUGUGCAGCACAAUGGCUCCCUAAAAUUAGAAAACACGAUGGAAUUAUACAGGCUUUCCAAGGCUUUAGCUGACAUUGUGAUCCCGCAGGAAUAUGGUAUUUCAAAGGCUGAGAAACUAGAGAUUGCCAAAGGUUACUGCACUCCUCUGGUUAGAAAAAUCCGUUCUGACCUUCAGAGAACUCAAGAUGAUGACACUGUAAAUAAACUUCACCCUCUUUACUCCAGGGGCGUUAUGUCCCCUGAACGCCACGUUCGGACACGGCUGUAUUUCACCAGCGAGAGUCACGUCCACUCCCUGUUAUCCACCCUCCGUUACGGUGCCUUAUGUGAUGAAUCAAAAGAUGAACAAUGGAAACGAGCUAUGGAUUAUUUAAACGUUGUCAAUGAACUCAAUUACAUGACACAGAUUGUUAUCAUGCUUUAUGAGGAUCCAAACAAGGAACUUUCUUCAGAAGAACGUUUCCACGUAGAGCUGCACUUUAGUCCAGGAGCAAAAGGCUGUGAAGAAGAUAAGAAUUUACCAGCUGGAUAUGGAUACAGACCUGCCUCCAGAGAAAAUGAUGGCUUGAAGAAAACCUCUCACAGAAAUGAUAGUGAUGAAGAGGCAUACGUGCCUAAAAGAGAUGAAACAGAUCGGUCAGUAGUGAUGUUCAAGCCAAUGGUAUCAGACCCAAUUCACAUACACAGAAAGUCACCACUUCCGAGAUCCAGGAAGAUUGGUUCUGUUGAAGAAGAGAGCCCCCUGAGUGUGUCUAGCCCAGAGUGUAUUGGUACCUGGCUGCAUUAUACCAGUGGUGUGGGUACUGGGCGUCGAAGACGCAGAUCAGGGGAACAAAUCACUUCUUCCCCUGUCUCCCCUAAAUCAUUGGCUUUCACAUCCAGUAUUUUUGGCUCAUGGCAACAGGUCCUAUCAGAAAGCAAUAGUAACUUAAGAACGCCAAGAACUAUUCUGGAACAAAAGCAGAGUGGUCUAGGGUCUCACUGUGCGGGCCUGUUUAGCACCUCAGUGCUCGGGGGUUCUUCAAGUGCACCUAACCUACAGGAUUAUGCUCGUACUCAUCGUAAAAAGCUGACUUCUUCUGGCUUCAUAGAUGACACCACACGCGGUUCUGCUGUUAAAAGGUUUUCUAUCUCAUUUGCUCGACACCCAACCAAUGGUUUUGAACUAUAUUCCAUGGUGCCUUCUAUUUGCCCUUUGGAAACUCUACACAACUCUCUGUCUUUGAAGCAGGUGGAUGAAUUUCUUGCCUCUGUUGCUGCUCCAUCAAGGGAGAAUCUACAGGAGACAUCUUCUCCAUCUUACAUGAUCCCACUGUCAGGACGAAAAGUUCCUUUAAACACAUACACCCCUGCAAAAAUUCAGCCAACACCGCUUGAAACUUUGCCUGAAAGAAUAGCAAUAGAGAAAACAACCUUAUCUACCCCUGGAUCUUCUGUUUGUGUAUCAAAUGUUAAGCUAUCUCUUGAAGAGGCCUCACUAGAUGCAGAACUUAGUGGUGAAAAGCUUUCUGAGAAGAAAUAAAACUGAUUAUAAAUAACUGGAAGCAACUUUUUAAACAACACUUCAGUGUGCAUUCAUCUAAAUUACUCAUCUUUCAAAAGCCAUUCAUGUCUGUAGUUCAUAGUGCACUUAGGAAUCUUCAGUUUCUAUAUGGCUAACUGGUGUGCACGCUACAUAUUUAGGUCAAACAUCUUUUCUCAUGUUCUAUAACACUUCAGGAAAUAGCUUUUUCAGUUUGAAUGACACACCUUUAAUGGAAAGGCUGCACAUGAACCUCUUCAGUGUCUUAAAACAUUUACUGUAAGCUUGUACAAAAAAGAAAAUGCCAAUGCAGUGGUAUAUCUUACACUGGCUCUGUUGGUGUCACUGUAGAGAAAGCAUUAUCUGUUGACAUUAUUUUCAUGGGUUUGUAAUCCUCUUCUGAAUUUAUUUUCUGGGCUGAAAGGCAACACACAUCAUGGCCAGAAGCUUUUUUUUUGUUGUUGUUGUUUUGGGGUUUUGAUGUGUUUUUUUUUUUAAUUUAAUGACAUUUCCAAAGAUAUCUCUUUUGCCUGUUUGGAUGGUAAGCAGAUGUUUUCUGCAUUUGAUUUUAUAUCAUAUAUGCUGCAAUAAUUAGGCAUGGUAGAGUGAGUUAAUGUUUCGUCACUUUUGACUCUUAUUUUUGUUUUGGUUUAUGUUUACAUCAGACAUGUAACAUUCAAAUACACAUUCUCAUAUGUUGUUUAGUAUACAUACUUGUAUACGGGUACCUGUAUGUCAUCCAGCAGAUAAAACUGGUUUUAAUAUGUUUUAUCAAAACCUUUUGUUUACUGAAAAGGCAGUUUUAUUUGCUUUGCCAUAUGUUUCUACAAAAAGGUGAUAUUUAAAAGCAGGUUUUGUAAAAAGAGAAAUGGUUACAGCUGAUCUGCUAGGAAGUUUAUCCUAUAAAUUGUAAAUAUUCCAUCUAUGUUUUGUUAUCAUCCCUUCAGGGUAGACAGAGAUUGUGGUCUACCAGAAUUCAGUGCUUACUGUUGCAAAAUACUCAGGAUUCAUCAUGGCCUGGGGAUAUUUUUCUCCUUCUCCUUCUCCUUCUCCUUCCCCUUCCCCUUCCCCUUCUCUUUUCCCUUCCCCUUCUCCUCCUCUCGUUUCUUUCCUUCCAGUCUAGGUGGUUGACAGCAGCUCUUAUGACAAAACCAACCAACCAAAAAAAACAAACAAAUGGUUCCCUAUUUUGCAAGAGCUGUGAGAAGCAUUAGAAAUUAGUGGAGCUUUGAGUUACUGGGUUAUGUUAAACUCAUCCAGUCUCAGCAGUUAUUGUGAUUUUAUCUGUGGCAUGAAAAAGUAUUGAAUUACUAUUAUUAUCUCAAAUGUAUACGAAUGUUGUCCACUUUUGUAAGUUCAAGUGGCAGUCUACUAAUAAGAGACUUCAUAAACUACAAGUUAAGUAAUUCCUUUCACAUUUGGGUUACAGAAGACAGCUUCUGAGUAAUAUUUUUGGGUAGGGUUCUUACACCAGACCCAGUGCAACUGUAAUUAAAUUCACUUUGCCUUGGAGUCUGUUUUCAGUGUUUACUACAUAUGAAAUGGCUUCAGUAGGCUAAUUCUAGAAAUGCUGGGUAAAUACCAAAAAUAUGAAGGGUUUCACAGCUACGUACUUAAAACAUUUAAUGUUCUGUAGUGUAAUUGUGUAAUUGACAGUGGUAGUUUUGCACAUGAUGAAUGUAUCCUUGUUUACUGUUUUAAAAUACUGUUAAAAUUUAAGCAUAUCAUUCCAGUCAACCAAAGCUGUGGCAUAAUUUUUUUAAUGUGCUCUUAAAUAAAAAGGUAACUGGCAACCUA